GCGCAAACCGGAAAAGGUUCAAUUUCAUGUAGCAAGAACGUUUGGAAAACUGCGGAAAGGAUGUCCUGUAACACAAGUGUUACACGUGUUCAGCUGUCAUCUGUGGGUCAGGCACAGCGAGCCCCAGUCCACCUGAUGCCCUGUGAGAUCGAACAGGAUGGGCCGGCCAAGGUCUCAGAGUUCUUCAGUGCUACCACAAAAGAUGGCAAACAUGAGAAGACGGUGUCGUUCAGAGGGCGUGGGUUGAAGGGGCAGGAGCUCAGCUGUCCUCAGGGCUACACUGGCUUGGUGCUGAAAGAGAUCAACAAGCCCGGCUCUGACCAAGAGGACAGGACAGUGAGGCUGUCCUCUGUGUUUGAUAAGCUGACCUACUGGAACCUGGAGACACAUCCAAACUCAGAUGAUACGAUUGUGAUGGCGAUGGAUUGGCCAGAGUUGGCUGAGGCGAUCCACGGGCCAGUAGAAGACUGAAGAGAGAGACAGAAUGACCUGCAGAGAGGUGGGAGGUUGGUGUCACCUCAGUGUGUACAGUUUGCUGGUUACAGGCUAGAGUCUGUGAAAAGACAUCAGAACUGUUAACCAGUCCAGUGUUACUGCGGCGGAGCAAGAAGUAACAGACAUAAUGUUUAUAUUUUUGUAAGAUGUGGUUUUGUAGUGAAAUAAAGAAAAAUAAAAUAUUUACUGACCGA